AUGGCACCAUUGAAACUGAGCACAAUGUCUGACAGUGAACCAUUGACUUCGAAUGUUCGUCCUGCCACCGAUGCAUUAAUUACAAUCCGUAUUAUAAAGUCAUUUCCAUACCGCAAUGUCAAAAAUUUGAUAAUUAAAGAUAUUAAUUUAAAGUCAAUCACCCCCAAAGUCCUAUUCGAACAAGUACUUCACCAAAUAAACACCACUGGGAGCUUGAGACCUUACAGGAAUAUACAGUACGACUCUUUAAAGAUAUACACCAAAGCACAUGGAUCGAAGUCUAUGAAUUUGGUAAUAAAUUUUGAAAAUGAUGAGGAAUGGGUAAUAUUGAAAAAAGGGGUUCCAAUUGAGGAAAAGUCAUUAUGGGACUUGGGUAUUCAAAAUGAAACGGAGAUAAGCAUUUUCAACUGGGAUGGUUACGUUGAGUACAAGAAGAAUCCCGAAGAGAAGUGGUGA